AUGCCGGCGAUGGAAUUCUAUGCCCGAAGUCUCGCUUCCUUCAUAGCACUCUUCAUAUGUGCUUGCUACGGUACCAUCGCUUCGGCUUGUCUCAACGUUGUUGGCUAUGGAGGUCUCGGGCAAUGGACGACUGCUCGGUCGUUCAAGUGGACGAUGCUGUUGUUCACGGGAGUGUGGUUUGAUAUACAAGACGAGAAGAAUUACUUGAAUUCAACGCGACCGGCUGUAUUCGUUGGCAAUCAUCAGACGGAGCUUGAUGUUCUGUUUCUCGGACAUGUCUUUCCAAAGUACUGCUCGGUGACUGCGAAGAAGAGCUUGAAGAUGGUGCCGUUUUUGGGAUGGUUCAUGGCUCUGAGUAAGACUGUCUUCAUCGAGAGAACAUCCCGCACGCAAGCCUUCGCUGCUUUCGAUAAUGCUGCCAGGCAGAUGCAUGAAGCAAAGCAAUCCGUCUACAUCUUUCCCGAGGGUACAAGAUCAUACUACGACAAGCCGGACCUGCUCUCAUUCAAAAAGGGUGCCUUCCACCUUGCGAUCCAAGCACAAGUUCCGAUUGUGCCGAUCGUGGUUGCAAACUACAGCAACGUUCUCAACAUCAAGAAGAAGAUCUUUCGACCAGGCUCGAUUCCAAUUCGAGUGUUGGAGCCUAUCGAGACGAAAGGGAAGACCAAGGAGGACGUUGAUGAGCUGCUCAAUGAAACAAGGGAGAAGAUGUUGAAGGUUCUGGUUGAGAUUACGCAAGACGCACAAAAGCAAGAUACAGCGACUUCUAUGCAUUCGGACGGCUCUGUUGUGGUGGUCGAGCAUGCACCACAUCUGCCUUCAGGCGAGGAUGACAGCGAACUCCCUCUAACGGCAGGCGAAUGGGCAGUUGUGGAUGGCAUCGUGCAAAAGUUGAAGCACUCCUGA